GGACACUGGUGGAGAGCAGCCGUCGGCGCACACAGCUCAGUGAAGUGUGUCUGCAGCAGCCAGCAUAACACUGGAUUACCAUCACACAGAGGGCUCUCCAGAAGGGGGCGGCGUGAGACCGAGCACGACUCCCACCCCACGCGGUCCUCGAUCAGUCUCCGCUGUCCGGAUCACGCCUCUGAAGACCAUGAAAGGCUCUCCUGACCUGAUUCCUGCCGCAGAUUUGGACCCCAGCAGAGUGUGCAAAGGGAAAGGAGUGGUGACUCUUAGGGCCACCCUGGUCCAUAUAGACGAGGAGGGCUGCAUCAGCCGAGAGCCAAACGUCAUCACAGCGCCAAGUGACUGGAAAGGCCAGAUUAAUGGAGACAGCUCUAAAGCAGGAUUGGCAGAGGGAGGCAGCAACAUCACAGCUGAUUUACCACCUGUAAAUAACACUCAGUGCAAGGCAAAAUCACCAGAGAGCAUAAAAGAAAACCAGGCUCUAUGGUCCAGUGAUAUCCAGAACUGUGUCUCGUCUCCCCCCGGCUCUGUUUACCCCUGCACGAGCACAGUGAACCCCACCAUAGUCCUGCUGCAACACAACAGAGAGCAACAAAAGCAUCUUUCUCAUUUUCAAGACCCAACCCCAGAAAGGGACAAAAGCCCUGAUCCGGGGAGGGACUCGGUCAGUCCGGAUGAUAUGGACUUGAAGAGGCUGCGGCUGUCUCUGCACUCCCCUGACUUCAGUCCUGUCAACAAGCCCAUUGUGCCUGUACGGAACACAGAAAAGUCCAAAGACUGGUACAAGACAAUGUUCAAGCAGAUCCACAAAAUACCUGAGGCUAUUGAGGAAAACCCUUACCGUCCCACCUACAUUUUCCCCGAGAACUGUGAUAUUCAGAUGAAAUCGAAAGAUGAUUGUCCCACUCCCUUUGGUUACUUGGAAGAUGUGAGAACAGUCCCGCGCUCUAAGAGUGACGCCGUGAUGGAUUCAAGAGGCCGCUCGAUGCCCGUGCCAAGGCGCUCCUCUUCCCUCAAACCCUCUGCCAAAAGGAACGAGUGGGAGCCCCCGGAUAAAAAGGUAGACACCAGGAAGUACCGCGCCGAGCCCAAGAGCAUCUUCGAGUACGAGCCAGGGAAAUCGUCGGUGCUGAAGCUGGAGAGAACGACUCAGGAUGUAAAUCCAGAAGAUGUAAAUGUAAAGAAUGAGCCUUGGUAUAAAUUCUUUUCAGAGAUGGAGUUUGAGAAAGGGCUGUCUGUGUUCCUCUCACCGCUGUCUAGCUCCUCGAGCAAGUCUGGACACAGUGAGGUGGAGAAGGACGGAGGAUCAUCCUCGAGUGAGCCCGGCGCUCCAGAAUGCGAACGCCAUGUUUACAAGAGUGUCCUGGAGGGUGGCGACAUCCCCUUACAAGGUCUACGGGCCCUAAACAAGCGCCAAGCCAGCUCCUCCUCCUCUAAAGUGGAUUAUAAAGGUGGGAAUGGCUAUAUAAUUUCACCCUGCUCCUCUGUAAAUAGUCGAUCGGUUCUUGCCAGUACUGCAAUCGGUAGCCAGUGUAAGAGUAUGAAGCCUCUUUCUGCUGCCAAAGCCUGUAUACCCCAAAUCCUGCCCUCUAAAUUCAAGCCCAAGCUGCUGCCGCCCAGUGGUGACAGUCAGGAGAGCAGGACUAAAGCUGUCCGGCACCCAAAGGCCCACAGCUGUGAAGAGCUGUACACGGGGCCCUGUGACACAGACUUUUCCGGAGCAGAGGAAAGGGAGAGCAAGCAUUAUGCAGACUCCAGCUCAGAGUGCGGGGACCGCUUCAGGAAUGUUUCCCCCACAAUCAGGAGGGGCGCUUCAGAGUUCUCCAGCCUGUACAAGAGCAUGCACCACAUCCAGCGGCCCAGCUCGGCCGGCUGCAGCCCCAACGGCAGCGUCCGCAACCUGGCCUCUCUUUUCGAGAAGUCAAAAGCCGAGGGGGGUGAAAGGUCAGAGGCAGAUGAUGGGGGUGACAUUCCACGGGAGGCAGUGUCGUCACGGGUCAGCGAGUUCGAAAUGAUCAUCCAGCGGUCUAGCUCCGCGCCCAGCCGCUCCUCCUCCAUGCCCACCCUGAACUCCGGCCACAGCCCCGACCACAGCACCGCCCAGCUCUUCAUGGCCUCUGCAGUGUCAGCGGAGUCCCUUUUGGUAACUGACGCCACCCAGAUGGACCGCUGCACCCCAGUGGAGGCAGAGGGCAAGAGAUGUGAGGAGGAGACCGUGUCACCGGGCGAUGUGAGCCCCUCCUCACAGGAAGGACAUGUCAGGAGUGAUUCACCCUCUAACACUGAGGAGGAGGUCGAGCAGAUCCUCAGUAAAGCCCCAGAACUGAUCCACCAACAUGUAUCAAAGAGUCCCUCCAUGCAGCUUCCAGCAUCUCCGCAACACAACCAUCUCCACCACCACCACUUGCUACACCACCUCAACAAUCAACUCCUCAAACCCAGCAAAUGCAAAGGCUCUUGCCCCGCCUCCUACACCCGCUUCACCACCAUCCUCAGGCACGAGAGGCAGCAGGCCACCAGCCAACAGGAGAAGCCGCCCCCUGUGGAGAAGAAGACCACGCUGCCCGGGAACCUCCUGCUCAUGGGCCCUGCUCCUUUCAGGUUACGGAAGAACCUGCAAUCCCACCAAAGUCGUAGGACCCUGUUAGCCACCAAGGUGACAACGAGCACCCAGAGGCCCAGCGCUUUUUCCCCCGAGCCCAGGCCCCUGAUCCCCCAGCGCCUCUCCUCCCUGGAGGUCCUGGAGAGGCUGGGGAACGGGGAGGGGAGCCCCACGGACCAUCUGAGUAACGGGCAGGGCUUGGACGCCAACGGGAACCUCCUGCAGCCGCCGGCCGCUCACCGCAGAGACUCUUCCCCAGUUCUCGGGGAGAGCCAGGAUGAAGUAAUGCGGAGGCGUCAUGGGGACAAAGAGAAAAUCUUGGAGGAGCAGCGGCGGCUGAAGCGGGAACAGGAAGAGGCCGACACGGCGUCAAGACGACACACAGGCAAUGUCCCCACGCACCACCAGUUCAUCACCAACGAGCGCUUCGGAGACCUGCUCAACAUCACAGAUAACACGGAGAAGAGGAAAUCAGGCGUAGAGAGAACUCCAGCUAUGGCUCGCUUCGACUUCAGAGCAGAAACUCUAAAGGAGUUACCGUUUCAGAAGGGAGACAUCAUCUUCAUUAUUCGACAGGUGGAUCAAAACUGGUAUGAAGGGGAACACCACGGAAGAGUUGGCAUUUUCCCUCAGAGUUACGUAGAGCUCCUUCCCCCCACAGAGAAGGCCCAGCCAAAGAAAAGUGCCCAAGUGCAGGUACUGGAAUACGGAGAGGCUCUCGCACGCUUCAACUUCAACGGGGACACGGUGGUGGAAAUGUCUUUCAGAAAGGGGGAGAGGAUCACGCUGAUUCGCAGAGUUGAUGAAAACUGGUAUGAAGGGAAAAUCGCUGGCACCAACCGCCAAGGCAUCUUCCCCGUCACAUACGUAGAAGUGAACAAACGACCCCGCAUCAAAAAUGGCGUGGACUACCUGGACCCUCCUGUCAGCCAGUCGCCACAGCGUAGCCUGAAUGCUUCCCCUCAGCUGUACCGUAAUCGUCUGACCACCUCCCCCUUGCCCCUCCCUCGCUCGCCCCGCCGCUCCGUGUCCCCCGAGGUCCACGCUAUCUCCUCUGAGUGGAUCUCCCUGACUGUGGGAGGCGGGAGCCCCCCCGCCGCACCCACCCCUCCCCUGCCGCCGCUGCCCACCGUGUCAUAUCGCUGCGGCGAGUACCUGCCCCCGCCCUACUCUGCCAGCCCUGUGCCCCUCAUCAGCGGCAGCCCAUACGGUAUCUCACCCAUGGCCUCCCCAUCCGCGUCCCCUCUCCCCCCGCCUUACCCGCCCAGACCCAACUCCACCACUCCCUUCCUCACGUUCACCCCGCCUCAGGUGGAGGACUUUCUUCGCUUCCGUCCCAGCAUGAGCCCCUGCGGAGGGCCGGUGCUGGAGGGCUGGUUGAGGGGGGAGAAGGAGUUGACAGAGGGGGAAGGCACAGAGGGGGACAGGGGCCACGCAGCCCCGGGCAGCAGGCGAAAUAGCCCUGUAGAGUUUGUGAGGGAUGAGGCUGAACAUCAUGGACGCAGCUCCAGAAGCCCUGUGAUGCUGUUUGACAUCCAAGACAACAACAAUGUCAACUCGUUAGCGCAACCCCUGUCCCACAGCAGCAGCCCGGAGCCCAACCGUCUGAGCUGUGGAAUUUUCCAGGCCCUGUACAGUUACGUUCCUCAGAAUGAAGACGAGCUGGAGCUGCAUGAGGGAGAUCUCGUCAGCGUCAUGGAGAAGUGCGAUGACGGUUGGUUUGUCGGUACCUCAAAGAGGACAAAACUGUUUGGGACUUUCCCUGGGAAUUACGUGAAGGAGGUGAAACUGUAAAGAUGUCGGCUGUAACACAUGGUGGCCUGUGAAGCUUUGGAAGUCAUUACUAUCGUGCAUGGCUGUUGGUUAGCAAAGUCAUUUAGCCGGGCGAAUCCAUUUUGUCUGGGAAAGUGAUCAGUUCAUCCUGAGGUAUGUCAGACUGCGGGGGGACGGAGAGAGAGGCCGCUCACUGCCUAGACCUCAGCACGGUGUACACCUUGAGCACAAUUUACACACUUCUUGACAGAAAUCAUCCGUCUCCACAUGUGGAAUUUCUCCGUGAAAAUCUACCACAAAGUAGCUUUUAUUGUACAGAUAAUAGCUUCCAUGUUGUCCAACUAAUAUACAGUAUGAGUGUUCACGUAGCACGUCAGUCCUGAGGCCGGCAGCAGAGCAGAGUAUGGAUUAAAGAGUGGAUCUUAUUUCAUGAACGCAACUUGGGAGGAUUCAGAAUGUAAUUUUAUGGGACGUGUGUUUGGAGCUGUUUGUCAUGAGCUACCUUCCAGGAACAGAGGCGUUUAUUAUGAUUAGCUAAGUACAAACCAUGCCUCUGCUUCCAGAA